AUGGCCUACAACGGCUCUGGCUCACACUCACCGGGCUACGAUGAAGGUCAUCGUUUGCAAGACGUGCCAGCUUCGCAGUAUCGCGAGGAUGAAGAUGCAGCGCGUGGAUUGCUGUCCCAGCCUCAGGGCCCCUUUGCAACACCCUUUGACGACCCCCACUCGCGGGGUGUUUCUCCACAGCGUCCAGCUUCCGGGUACAGCUUGACAGAGACCUAUGCAACAGAGAGCGCUCCUUCGUACCACGACCCGUACAGCACUGGCACCGCCUACUCUGGCCACGAGGAGACUCCAGCUGCAGCGUUUGGAGUGCCCGGCCGAGUCGCAUCGCCCUAUGCUCGCAGCGAGACUUCAUCCACCGAGGCUUGGCGCCAGCGACAAGCCCCAGGGGGUGCUCCUACCGGUGGUGGUGGUGGCCUGCGUCGAUACGCGACAAGAAAAGUCAAGCUGGUGCAAGGUUCCGUCCUGAGUGUGGAUUACCCCGUACCCAGUGCUAUUCAGAAUGCCAUUCAGGCUAAAUAUCGCAAUGACGUGGAGGGUGGAAGCGAGGAGUUCACUCACAUGCGAUACACCGCAGCCACUUGUGACCCUAAUGAAUUUACUCUCCACAAUGGUUAUAACCUACGUCCCGCGAUGUACAACCGUCACACCGAGUUGCUCAUCGCAAUUACCUACUAUAACGAGGACAAGAAUCUUACGGCCCGUACCUUGCAUGGUGUCAUGCAGAACAUUCGCGAAAUUGUCAACUUAAAGAAGUCCGAGUUCUGGAACAAAGGUGGACCCGCAUGGCAAAAGAUCGUGGUGGCACUUGUUUUUGAUGGUAUCGAUCCUUGCGAUAAGGACACUCUUGAUGUUCUCGCAACCGUCGGUAUCUAUCAGGAUGGUGUCAUGAAGCGUGAUGUUGAUGGAAAGGAGACCGUGGCGCACAUCUUCGAAUACACGACGCAACUCUCGGUCACACCUAGCCAGCAGCUCAUCCGGCCGACGGACGAUGGCCCUAGCACUCUACCCCCCGUUCAAAUGAUGUUCUGUUUGAAACAGAAGAACAGCAAAAAGAUUAACUCGCAUCGCUGGCUCUUUAAUGCCUUCGGCCGCAUUUUGAAUCCCGAGGUUUGUAUUCUCUUGGAUGCCGGUACGAAGCCCGGUCCUAAGUCCUUAUUGUAUCUCUGGGAGGCAUUCUACAACGAUAAGGAUCUUGGCGGUGCCUGUGGUGAAAUCCACGCUAUGUUGGGUAAGGGAUGGAAAAACCUGAUCAAUCCUCUCGUGGCUGCUCAGAACUUCGAGUACAAGAUCAGUAAUAUUCUCGACAAACCUCUUGAGAGUUCGUUUGGUUAUGUUAGUGUCUUGCCCGGUGCGUUCUCCGCAUAUCGAUUCCGCGCAAUCAUGGGUCGCCCGCUCGAACAAUAUUUCCACGGUGAUCACACGCUGUCUAAGCAGCUUGGAAAGAAGGGUAUCGAGGGUAUGAACAUUUUCAAGAAGAACAUGUUCUUGGCCGAGGAUCGUAUUCUCUGUUUCGAAUUGGUCGCUAAAGCUGGCUCUAAGUGGCACUUAUCUUAUGUGAAAGCCUCUAAAGGUGAAACUGAUGUGCCCGAAGGUGCCGCCGAGUUUAUCUCCCAACGUCGUCGUUGGCUGAACGGCUCGUUUGCAGCAGGAAUCUACUCUCUGAUGCACUUCGGACGUAUGUACAAGAGUGGCCACAACAUUGUUCGCAUGUUUUUCCUCCACAUUCAGUUGUUGUAUAACGUCUUCAGUACUUUCCUCAGUUGGUUCUCAUUGGCAUCAUACUGGCUGACCACCACUGUCAUCAUUGAUCUUGUCGGUACCCCAAGCAAAAACAACGACUUUACCGCUUUUCCUUUCGGGGCGGACGCCACGCCUAUCAUCAACACUAUCCUGAAGUACGGAUACCUCGCCUUCCUCUUGCUACAGUUCAUUCUCGCCCUCGGUAACAGACCUAAGGCUUCCAAAUUCUCGUAUCUCGCAUCGUUCGUGGUCUUCGGUGUUAUCCAGGUCUACAUUGUGGUCGACUCGAUCUACCUUGUCGUUCGUGCGUUCUCUGGGGGUGCACCCAUGGACUUUGUUACCGACAAAGGCGUGGGAGACUUCCUCAAAUCCUUCUUCAAUUCGACAGGCGCUGGUAUUAUUAUCAUUGCCUUGGCUGCCACCUUCGGUCUCUACUUUGUUGCGUCCUUUAUGUAUGCCGAUCCAUGGCACAUGUUCACUUCAUUCCCUGCCUAUAUGGUCGUUCAAUCAUCCUACAUCAAUAUUCUCAACGUCUACGCCUUCAGCAACUGGCAUGAUGUGUCGUGGGGUACCAAAGGUUCCGAUAAGGCCGAUGCCCUGCCUUCAGCUACAGUUACAAAGGACGAAGGCACCAAAGAUGUUGUCAUUGAAGAAAUCGACAAGCCCCAAGCGGAUAUCGACAGCCAGUUCGAGGCCACAGUGAAACGCGCGCUCACUCCGUUUGUGCCCCCUGUCGAGCACGACGAAAAGUCUUUGGAAGAUUCCUACAAGAGUUUCCGUACUCGCUUGGUCACUUUUUGGAUCUUCAGUAACGCUCUCCUGGCAGUCUGCAUCACCAGUGAAUCCGUCGACAAGUUUGGCUUCUCGAACACUGCUACCGAUCGUACAGCUCGUUUCUUCCAGGCUCUCCUGUGGUCUAACGCUGCUGUCGCGUUGUUCCGCUUCAUUGGCUGUUGUUGGUUCCUGGGCCGCACUGGUAUCAAGUGCUGCUUCGCACGCCGCCAAGAUGCUGAAAAUCUGAAACAAAAGCAGCAGGAGGCUGAAAAUGCCGAGGGCGCUGCAGGCAAGAAGAAGAAGAAGGUCACCGCGGCGCAGUUACGCGUGCAACGAGAUCUCCAAGAACUCACCCUUGGAAGUACGAUGAAAAUGUCUUUCCCGAACCCCGACGAUAUCCUCAACUUUACCUUGACCAUCGAACCCGAUGAAGGCAUGUACAAAGGUGGUGUCUUCAACUUUAGCUUCGCCGUCAACCAGAACUUCCCCCAUGAUCCACCCAAGGUCAAAUGCACGCAGAAGAUCUACCACCCCAAUAUCGAUCUGGAGGGCAAUGUCUGCUUGAAUAUCCUACGAGAGGACUGGAAGCCUGUCUUGAAUUUGAAUGCUGUCAUUGUAGGCAUGCAGUUCCUGUUUCUCGAGCCGAAUGCCUCCGACCCUCUCAACAAGGACGCGGCGGACGAUCUUCGGAACACCCGUGAGGCCUUCAAGAAGAAUGUACGGAGUUCCAUGGCCGGCGGGUCCGUUCGAGGCAUACUCUUCGAGCGGGUCCUGCCGUGA